CUCAUUGUCACACACCCCCGCGCCUUGGCCACCGAGCAGCAGCGCUAAAUAGCGCGAAGUUUCACUAACUUGUGAAACGCGUCGCAGAUUUCUACAGAAAUUAAGCCCUAUAAUGCGUGCCGUCGACUUAUGAAGCAAUUAAAGACCUGAAGAACAAAGGAAACGGUUUCUUAGAAGUUUGGUGUUCGUGUUAGUAGGCGGGAAGCAAGUUUUGGGUUUUCUUUUAGAAGGUCACGUUCGCGAUUUUAUUCAUGUGUGGGAGAACCGCUUGUACCUUAGGACCUGAAGAUAUCCCAAAAGCCUGCCGCUUCAGGGGUAGAAAUGGCGAUGUUCAGGUCCCUCGGUGGCGCAAGGGGUCCGAAGGGAAAUACCGGGCUUCAUACAACAUCGCACCACAGGCCUACACACCUGUUUUGGUAUCUACCAAGCAUGUGUCAUCGUCUGAACUUGCUGAUGAGACAAACCCCCCAGAGAGGACAUUACACACAAUGAAAUGGGGCUUGGUGCCCAACUGGUUUAAGGGAGACCCAGCAAAAUUUGAGUACAAGAUGAAUAAUGCUCGCAGUGAUUCUUUGAUGAGCAAAGCAUCUUAUAAAAUGCCCCUUAUUCAGGGACGGCGCUGUGUGAUACUGGCAGAUGGAUUCUAUGAAUGGAAGACUGGAAAAGAUGGUAAAAAGCAGCCCUACUUCAUUUACUUCAAAUCCAGCUUUGAUAUGAAACAAGAGAAUGCAGAAAUACCAUGCGAUACAGAGACCAGUAAGCCUAGACGGCUCCUGACAAUGGCUGGGCUAUUUGACUGCUGGAAAUCCCCGGAUUCAUCAGGGGAUAGUGAGACCUUGUAUUCAUAUUCCAUCAUAACAAUGGACUCCUCUGAAUCAAUAAAAUGGCUACAUCACAGGAUGCCAGCAAUCUUAGAUGGAGAUGAAGCAGUAAAACAGUGGUUGGAGUAUGACAAUGUCCCCUAUACUCAGGCACUGAAAUGUUUGAAGUCUGUCAACUGUCUUGAUUGGCACCCGGUUUCAACUGCUAUGAACAACAGCCGACAUAAUGGACCUGACUGCAUUGCUCCAAUUGACCUGGACAAGCCAUCUGCAGUCAGCAGCAAAGUUCCAUCUAAGGGGUCAAUUACCUCCUUUUUUACCAAAUCUCCAAAGAAGGAAGAGGCUUCAAGUCCCAGUGGCACUUUACUGAAUCAAUCUGUUGCUUGUUCAAAUACUCCGAAGUUAAAAGAACCACCAAAAAGUGGUGGGAUAUCAUCAUUCUUUACCAAAUCUCCCAAAAAGGAAGUAAAAGAAGAGCUGAGCAGUCCCCUGGCCAAGAAAAGAAAAGUGCAGUAAGAAGUUCUUAUGUCUGACACCUAUCUUAAACCAUUACUACAUGUAGUGCAAAGUAAGGCAAAGGAUGUUGUCUCUUAACAAGGCACAUUGAGAAUGAACUGUAUAAAGGCAUAUUGACAUGCACAGUAGAUUUGUCAGGCAGAUUGUCUGCCAGGGAAUGGUUCUUGAAACGAGGAGAAGCUCUAUUCCAGGCAUAAGUUGUGCCUCUUUUAAGGGACCAGUCUUAGGCAAAUGUUUUUUUUUAUUUUCAUGGAGAAACAGACAUUCUUAUUUAGACAUUGUUAUUUUUGGAGCAUACGCAUUUCAAGAGGCUGCAAAAGGUCUAACUUUUUUUGGCUAGUUUUCUAGCUUUCUUCUUUUUUUAUUAACAUAAGAGACACACCUAAGAAUUUUGUGUUUGAAAACAUUUAUUUACACUAAAUUUGUUUUCAUUGCAAAGGUGAACACUAAAACGUUAUCAGAAGCACCUGUUAUAUUUGUAAAAACUACAUCCCUUUACAUGCAUCACUCUAUAUAUUAUUUUCUUUAUUGGCAAAAUCCCUGAAAAGUUAAGAACAAUUUUAAUCACAAGUAAUUUUUGGAAAAAUAAAUUACUGAGAAGACAAAA